AGAUUCAAACGAUGCAUAGCAAAAUAUUGGCAGCCAUGGGAGCAAUCUUUUUAUACUUCCCACUGUUCUUAGUGUUGUAUAUAUUAACGGAGCACUUCCUCCACAAGAUCAGAAACCUGCCGCCGACCCCUUUCCCCUCGCUCCCACUCAUCGGCCAUCUCUACCUCUUGAACAAACCCAUCUACCGGACUCUCGCCGACAUCUCGAACCGGCACGGUCCGGUUGUGUUUCUCCGGUUCGGCUCCCGGCCGGUUCUCGUGGUGUCGUCCCCUUCCGUAGCCGAAGAAUGCCUGACCAAGAACGACGUCGUGUUCGCCAACCGCCCCCGUCUCCUCAUAUCCAAGUGCUUCGGGUACAACAACACGAAUCUCGUGUGGUCCUCGUAUGGGGACCACUGGCGCAGCCUCCGCCGAAUCUCCACCGUUGAAGUCCUGUCUACCCACCGGCUCCAGAUUCUCUCCACCGUCCGUCUGGAGGAGGUGAGGUCCUUGAUUCGGAAGCUCGCAAAAAGUGAAAACCAGGACAAAAUUCUCACCAUGAGGCAUUCGUUUUUCGAUCUGACUUUCAACGUGAUGCUGAGGAUGAUCGCCGGAAAGCGAUUCUACGGCGAUGACGUGGACGACGCCGACGAGGAUGCGAAGAUAUUCAGGGAGUUGCAGGCGGAAUCGACUCGAUUGACCGGCAUAUCAAACAUUGGAGAUUUUGUGCCGAUGAUGACGUGGCUGGGAUUUGGAUGGAGCGUGGAGAAGAAGAUGAUGGAUUGCCACUACAAGAGAGACGCGUUUAUGCAGACUUUGAUCGAGGAGCAACGGAAAAGAUCAACGGCUGAAACUGAAAGUGAAAUUGAUGAUUCGUUUCGCGAUGGAAGGAGGAAGACGAUGAUUGAAGUGCUGCUGGAACUGCAAGAAUCGGAACCUGACCACUACACCGACGAAUCGAUUAAAGCCUUGAUGCUUGUUCUAUUAACGGCAGGUACGGAGACCUCUGUGAACACCAUGGAGUGGGCCCUAUCUCUUCUACUGAACCAUCCAGAAGUUUUAAAGAAGGCGCAGGUCGAAAUUGAURAUCAAGUUGGCCAGGACCGUCUGAUUGACGAAUCAGACAUGGCCCACCUUCCUUACUUACGUGGCAUAAUCARCGAGACCUUCAGAAUGUACCCUCCGGCUCCACUAAUGGUACCUCACCAAUCAUCAGAAGACUGCAGUGUCGGAGGGCACCACAUCCCACGUGGGACUAUGCUAUACGUCAAUCUAUGGGCCAUCCACAACGACCCCAAGAUUUGGGCCAACCCGACAAAGUUUGAUCCCGACAGGUUUGACAGGCUGGAAAGUGACAAGUACGGGUACGGGUUCAAUCUGAUGCCGUUCGGGUCGGGUAGAAGGGGGUGUCCAGGAGAGGGACUGGGCCUGCGGAUCAUUGGGCUGGUGUUGGGCUCACUGAUCCAGUGCUUUGAAUGGGAGCGUCCUGGUGAGAAGUUGGUUGACAUGACAGAAGGCAUUGCAGUCUCUAUGCCCAAGGCCCAACCAUUGCAGGCUAAAUGCAGGCCUCGGCCCAUAAUUGCUAACCUUCCAUCUCAAACCAAAACCAACCAGGCCCAUUGAUGUAUGGCCCAGGGUUUAGCUUUUUAACGCAAUAAUAAUAAUAAUACAAUGGCGUUUAUUUCCAGCA